AUGCACACACUCGCUAAAACUUCUGCCCGCGCUAAACCCCUGCUCACUGCAAUCCUUCCUUUGCUCUCUGUCACCGCCUCUCUCUUGUCCGUGCGACUUAUUCUCCCCCCCUGCAUCCGCCUCCCACCCCUUCCCAUCGCCCUGUCUGAUAUCUGUGUGGAGCAGAGACUAAGAGGAGACUCCUACCUGAGCAACCUAACUUAUGGUCGCUUCAUGGACAUCCCACCAGAGCCGCCAGUGGAAGCUGAUCAGGUGGAGGAGUGGAACCGAGUGCGCGGGAACAAGUCCCUUGUGUUCCUAAGGGCCCACCGCCCCCACCUCGAGAAGUACUGGCGGGCGCUGCCGCUGGCAGUGCUGGGGGGAGUGAACCCCACGGAGUGCAGCAUCCUGGAACCUUCCCGCGACCGUGUGUACCUGGUGAUGUGCUGGCUGCACCGCGCGCUCGUGGCUCGCCGCAUGGCGGGGGGCAUCUCUCAGGACGCCCCUAUCGUGUCCAGAAUAUACCAAGUGUUGUCAGACGGUAUGCUGGGGUACGAGAACGCGCUCAAGAUAGUGAACACGCCCUUCCCCUUCCCCUUCGCGCAGUGCGUGGCGCUCCUCCUGCACAUCAACGCCCUCGUCAUCCCGCUGCUCAUGGCCGACUGGCUCGCAGACCCGCUCCUAGCCUCCGCCAUCACCCUCCUCUCCGUCUUCUCCUUCUACCUUCUCAACGAAGUGGCGAGGGAGAUCGAAGAACCGUUUCGACCCGAAUGA